CAAUGAUAAACGACGAUGUCCGGCCGGCCCCAUCAACCACCUCGAAACUUUGGCCUCCUCCAAUGCUACCCGUUAAUGCACUCCUACUUUCCUUUGUGCUGGUUGGCUUCGCGAACGGCGAACUGUACCAACGCGCCCUGAACCUCACGGCUCAAGAAUCCAGUCUCAAAUUUGACAUACCCAACCUCAUCCGCCCUCAGAGCAACACCACGUCGCUCUCUUCUGUACCUUCUCCAUGCAUGAAGCACACAGGCAGUGGAAAGGAAUGCACGGCUUCCAUGGAUGCAGUCAACGUCACCUUUGCUGAUUGUGGCUCGCCAUAUACUAUAUGCCGGUGCAGCAGUGCCACGUUGGGCGAUGCAACCGAUGCGCUGACUCGUGUUCCUGUCGGUAUUCGAAGAUAUAUUGGGACAGUAAUGGUCAUGCCGGGAAGCAGCGCUCAUGCGUAUACGUACACGAACAACGUGGAGAUACACUUCUUCGGAGUGUGUAGUCAGCGAACAUGGAUACACGAAUCUACACACGCGGCCUCCGGAGCGCUGAGGAUCAAUGCAGCCACCGGGAACGGAUCGUGGGAGGAAGCAGUAUCCAAGGAUACUUGUGUCCCUGAUACCUAUGCGAAGACUGAUCUGUCAGAGGAUCUUACGCAGAUGAGCGUGCUAAAGGUGUAUUCACUGCUUAACAACAACACGCUUCCUCCGGGAUUCACCAUCGACUGCUUGUCGAAUCAAUGGGCCUUUUCGGAUGGGCUUCCUCUCUACAAUCCGGAAACGCUGCUCGGAAGUUCGUGCUCGUUUGAGCCAGAUAACGCCGAAGCCAGCCAUAACAUUGCCCCUGCUACAACGGUUGACGUCAAUAGCAUCUAGUCCAGCUUCCAUCACCCCGUCGAGCAACGCUUCAAGGACUUUUCACGAUACCCCAG